AAAUUUGCAUCUAAGAUCUUCAAAACAAAAACAAAAAAAGUCCAACACUUUCCCUUCUUUGAAAAGAGGCAAAAAAAAAGAAAGCUUUUUUCCUCAUUUUCUUUGCAAUUACACCAUGACAGCUACUGAAAUUCCUUCUUCAUCUCAACAUCUUCUUGAAAAUGAAGAAAAACCCACUACCCCCAACCCCAACCCCACCAAAAACUCCAAGAAAUUAGCUCUUGUUCCACUUAUUUUCAUAAUCUUUUUUGAGGUAUCUGGUGGACCUUAUGGUGCAGAAGCAGCAAUUGGGGCAGCUGGACCUCUUCUAGCAAUUCUUGGGUUUCUGAUUUUCCCAUUUAUUUGGAGUGUUCCUGAAGCUCUUGUAACAGCUGAACUUGCCACUACUUUUCCAGGUAAUGGAGGGUUUGUCAUUUGGGCUGAUAAAGCUUUUGGACCCUUUUGGGGUUCUUUAAUGGGUUCUUGGAAAUUACUUAGUGCUGUUUGUAACUUAGCUUCUUACCCUGUUCUUUGUUUAGAUUACAUUAAAUUGAUUUACCCAAUUCUUGAUUCUGGUUUACCUAGAUAUAUUGCUAUUUUCUUCAUAUCUAUGUUCUUGUCAUUCUUGAAUUACUUAGGUUUGUCUAUAGUUGGUUACACUGCUGUUGUUCUUGGUGUGCUUUCCCUUUGCCCCUUUUGGUUAAUUACAUUGUUUUCAAUACCAAAGAUUGAUCCUAGUAGAUGGUUGAGUUUAGGCCAAAAGGGUGUUAAAAAAGAUUGGAACUUGUUCUUUAAUACCCUUUUUUGGAACUUGAAUUUUUGGGAUAAUGCUAGUACUUUAGCUGGUGAAGUUGAACAACCUCAAAAGACAUUUCCUAAAGCACUUUUUUCAGCUGGGAUUGUUACAUGUAUUAGUUACGUGUUGCCGCUUUUGGGUACUAGUGGUGCUGUCCCUUUGGAACAAGGUGAGUGGACUGAUGGUUAUUUUGCUAAUUUGGCUUCUAUGAUUGCUGGGAAUUGGUUGAAGUAUUGGAUGGAACUUGGGAUUGUUCUGUCUGUGAUUGGUUUGUAUGAGGCUCAGUUGAGUAGUUGUGCUUACCAAAUUCUUGGAAUGGCUGAGAUGGGGUUGUUGCCUCGGGUUUUCGGUGUAAGAUCAGAAUGGUUCAACACACCUUGGGUUGGGAUUCUUGUACCAACAUUAGUAGCAUUGGUUGUGUCCUACAUGACAUUCACAGAUAUUGUGUCAUCUGUGAAUUUCUUGUAUAGUCUCGGGAUGCUGCUAGAGUUUGCAUCGUUUUUGUGGUUGAGGAGGAAAAUGCCUAAAGCUAAGAGGCCGUAUCGAGUGCCAUUGUCAAUGCCAGGACUGGUGGUGAUGUGCUUCAUUCCGUCUUGUUUUCUGGUUUAUGUUAUGUUUGUUGCCCAUAGGACCGUGUAUAUAGUUAGUGCCAUGCUCACUGUUUUCGCCAUUGCGUGGUACUUCUUCAUGGAGUUUUGUAAAACCAAGAUGUGGUUUGAUUUUCAAACUGUUGAUCAAGACAAAGUAGAUGAUGAGAUAAUUUAAUCCACCGAGUUUCAAACUAUGCACCAGCUGGCCCUCGAGGAUUUCUUGAUACAAAAUAAAGAAUUGUAAGUUUGAUUUACUUAUCAUUUCUGAUUGUCUUUUUCGCGUUGUAAAGUAUUGAGAACACGAGUAAUGUGAUUCUUUGAACAACCUUGGAUUGGAAUUCUUGUAUAUACUAGUACCAUUUGUUGUA